AUGAGGGCCGCAAGAUAUGCUCGCUCUCGGCAGAAGGCCUGUCAACAAUGUUCUGGUGCCAAGGCAAAGUGCGACCUUCAAGAAAAAUGUUGCAGUAGGUGCGCUGCGCGAGGCCUGAGCUGCGUAUAUCCUCAGAGCCCAUCCAUUCACCAGGACGGGCACAUGAACAAAUCAGCUACGAGAAAACACACCCAACUGGUUGACCAAGUUCAUGAUUGGAGCGAUACCGGAUCGCCAAGAUCCGUUGUCACCCAGACCACUGCCAUCGGCUCUUCGACCACAGCAUUCGACAAUGACAGUUUGAAGGGCUACCCGGGUCCAGAAGUCAGAGUGACUGAUUCACUGGCAAGAGAGACGAAGGAUUCGGGCUGCACAGCGUUGGAGUUGGUGUGUCCUAUCAACGCCGAUGAGAUUGGCAGUCGCUGGCUGAACCCAUAUGUUCCUGUUCCGGGCCAAAAGACGAAACAGUAUCCUCAAAACAUCAAGGCAUUAAUCAGUAGAAUACUCAAAUCAUAUACAUCCAUCACCGUACGCGGGCGUGGAACUCCACCAUUCAUCCACUUCUCACACGCCACCCCCCCUUCAGCAAGACCACCACUUUCGACUUGCCUGACGCUGGCGCGGAUUUGUGACCGGAGACUCCCCUCUACCGAGAGUGUGGCAGUGGAGCUUUUGCAGAGGGAAAUGGACAAGCUCUACGAGCAAUACAAAACUUACAGCGAUUCGACGCUGCUUUCUGCAUUUCAAGCUUAUCUACUCUACUGUAUGAUUCUCUUCUUCAAACUCAAUUCUUCUGGGUUCGGGACUGUCCAGCAAGCAAUGAUGAAUCUCCAGGAAAUAGCUUGCUCCUGUUGCCGCAGUGGACUUGUGUGUGUAGCUGAACAGCAGCGUACUCGCCCAAGGUGGGAGAGUUGGAUCGCCGCGGAAGCAAAACGCCGAACUUUGUAUACCAUGUAUCUGUUCGACGGCAUGGUUUCUACACAAGCAGGUCUGCCGACAUAUUUCGGCACUGAGUUGCAAGGACUGCCCGCCCCUACGCCCGGCUUUUUAUGGAAGACGGAAUCCGUGCAGCAGUGGGAGACGGCAUAUAACAGGUACUUGGCAGAUUGGACUCGAGGAGGUCUGCGGAUCGAUGAGCUUUGGCCGAUACCUGCGGAAUUAGAGCAAGCCGAGAUUCUCGCACGGCAUCAAAGAGUCGACCAGUGGCUAGAGGAUGUCGAUGAGUUUGGGACAAUGCUUUAUGCAGUCUCCAGCUCUACACAUGAUGUAGAUGAGUGA